UGUCAUGCCACCACACCCUUUCAUUACAUGAACAAUAAUGCACUAAUAAUAAGUGAAUGUAUGUACCUAUUGUGCACAAAAGACAUUCUAAGCCUAACUUCAAGACAUACCCCCUCUCUCUCUCUCUCUCCACUGCUUCCUGAUCGCCUUAUCCCUCCCUUGGUUUGGUAACAUCCAUUGAACCCAAAAUUUAAAAGUAAGAGACUUUUAGACACUUGCAGAUCUUAGGAUUUGUCUUCAUCAUAAUCUUUGAGUUAUGGACAGCCAUCAUCACCAAAAGACCAGAGAGAAAGUAGCAAACAAUCAGAAAGAAGAUAGGAAGUCAAAACAAGAAGGAAAAGAAGGCCUAGCAGUAGCACCAAAGCCACCUUCAGCAUCCUCCUCUCCAUCUCAUGAAUUCAGUUUCACAAUCUCUCUUCACUCUUCCUCAACAACAACAGUCCCUGGUAAAAGCAAUGCACCACCUUCAUUUGCAGUUGAUUUAACUCCUGCAGAUGACAUUUUCUUCCAUGGUCACUUGCUUCCCCUCCACCUCCUUUCUCACCUUCCUGUCUCUCCUCGCUCCUCUACCAACUCUUUGGACAGCUUCACCAUCCCAAUCACCGACUUAUUAGAUGAGCAGCAAACACCCAAUACAGAUAGCACCAACAACAACUGCAGCACCGGUAAUAACAAGAGCAACCACCUUCAAAGCAGCAAUAUUAGUGACAUAAAGGCAAGAAACAAGUCCAAGUCUUUCUCAUUAUUUGGCUUUAAAAGAUGGCGAAAAGAGUGUGAGAAUAGAGAGAAGGAAGAUGAUAAGGAGAAGCACAAGAGGAGUAAGCUGAGGUUUGAUGUGAGUCAUCUACUAAAGAGGUAUGUGAGACUGGUCAGGCCUCUAUGGUUCUUCAGAAGGAGAGGAGAGAAUAUCCAAUUACGCCGGCAACCUUAUUCGUUUUCAGGUAAUUUAACUAUGAAAAGUAAGCAAGAGUUGAGAGGAAGAAGAGGAGAAUUCUCAGCACCAGCCUCAAUGAGGACAUCUCCAACAAAUAGUGGCCUUCUUCUAGCUUCUGCAACUCUUCCUUCUUCUACUAGUGACAGCACUAUGGAAGAGUUACAGGCUGCAAUUCAAGCUGCAAUUGCUCAUUGCAAGAAUUCAAUUGCAAAAGAAGAGAAAAUCACAUGUUAAGACAGUUAGACAGAUGAAGUGAAAUUUUUUCUUAUAAGUUUUAUUAUUAAUUUGCAUUUUUUUUUGUAUUCCUAUGUAGAAAAUGGUAUAUAAUAGAAGUAUAUAUGAGAUUAGUUUGAAAAUGAUUUAAACAGUUUAAAAGAUUAUAUA